CAUCCAUGUAUUUUAUAUAUCAUAUGUUGAUAGAAAAGCAUUACAUCGAUCGAGAUACGCCUUAGAAAUUUUUAUCUGAUUCCCAGUGGAGGAUGCGGAGAAAUUAUAUGGAUUUGAAAAUGUUGUAAACGGAAGAGCAAUGAUAACAUUAAUAAUAACAACAACAAUGAUCAAUUUACAGAAUUGACGUGUAACUAAUAAAGAUGGCGGAGCCCGAGCUAUCAGGCGAUAGUCUAAUUCGACCCGAAGUACGUCUUCGUCAAUAUCUGUACGUCGGAAAAGAAUACCCAAAUUAUCAACCAGGCAAUUGGUUUUUCCACAAAUAUUACGAAGAAGGACGCGUUCAGUCCAUAAAAAAUAUAGUCGAAUCUAAGAACCCAUUAGUAGCAAUCGACUUGAUUAAAAAGGCUUUUGAAAGCAAACUGGUACAAAAUCCGGAAACUCUGAUAUUUGCACUUGCAGUAUGUGCCCGACAGACUGAGAACGAGCGUCUGCGCCAGGCUGCUUAUGAUACGGUAAAAAAAAUUUGUGUAACGCCGCAAGAUUUCAUUCUGUUCGUCAAGUUUGCUUCUCAAAUAGCCAAGAGCGCACCGGAACCGAAACACGGUUGGGGUGGCGGAUGGCGAAGAGCUGUAAAUGAUUGGUACUUGUCCAAAGAUCCUCUUGAUUUAGCAAAGUGCGUUACCAGAUACAGAGGCAGAUAUGGAUGGACUCACAAAGAUAUUGUGAAAUUAUCUCAUCCCAAAACAGACGACAUUGCAAAGAAGGCUGUUCUGAAGUACGUAUUGUUCGGAUUGAAAGAAGCGAAAAAAGAAUUUGGCGAUAAACCUGAAGCUAAGGAAGUGAUUCAGUAUAUUGAACAAGUUGAAGAAUUCAAACACUGCGAGGAUGAAAUCUUGGCUGGUAGAUUACUGGAACUUUAUAAUCUCACGCUGGAUCAUAUACCUGGGCAUUUACUGAAAUGUAAAGAGGUAUGGAAUUCAUUGAUACCAGCAAUGAAUAUAACCAUGCUGCUUAAAAAUCUCCAAAGAAUGCACAACUAUGGAGUACUGGAACAAGCUGGUGCGGCAGUCGAUAAAGUAGUCGAUGAAAUAUGCAACCAAGAGAAGCUAGCCAAUGAAAAGAUUCAUCCAGCUCUGGUUCUAAUCACAAUUAAGAAUUACGAAAAAUCUGGCCGACCUUUAUCGUACGAAAAACAGAAGGCCAGAAAAACCAAAAUAAGAUCAGUGAUUAUACCGCCAAAACCGACAAGAAAAAUUGUUGAAGCUCUGUACAAAACACUUGAAUAUUCGUUUAAUAGUCUGGAACCAACGGGUCUCAAAUACAUGAUUACAAUAGACAUGAACAAAGCUAUGCAGGGCAGUCCUGCAUGGCGGUGUGGAAAUCUCAGUUCGGCAGAAGCAGGAUGUCUGAUAGCACUGUGCCUUCUUCGGAGUGAGGUGAACGUAACAGUAGCAGUUUUCAAAAAAUUUUCUGUUCACGAGGUAUAUUUGAAUAAAAAUGCAUCAUUGGGACAAAUUGUGAAGAAAAUGAAGCAAACGCCAACAGGCGAUGUUAACUUGGAGAAGCCAAUGAUUUGGGCGGCUGAAAAAAAGAAACAAUUCGACGUAUUUAUAAAUGUAGUCGAUGUUGUUGACAAAAGAUUUGGAAAUGAAGUGAGAACUGACAAUCCUAGGAAAGCUAUCAAAGAGUAUCGAAGCAAAAUGGGGCUAAAAAAUGCAAAAUUAGUAACCUGUGCGAUGGCAACUGCACAAAUGGUACCUCAUAGCGACGACAACGAAAGUAUUCUUACUAUCUGCGGAUUUGAUGAGAAUGUUCCAAAAAUUAUCGAAGCUUUUGCAAGGUCUCUGUUUUAAUUGGCAACGAUAUAACCAUUUCUAACAGCCACAAAUGUCUCGAACAACAACCAAAGUGAAGAAAAAAAAAAGGAAAAAUACGAUGUACAUAUAUCAGGCAAGAGCGACCUACACGAAUUGGCUAUAAAACAUGAGUGUAUGACAAGUUAUAAAAUUACAAAUCACCUUCGAGAGUGAGAACAGCAUUCAAUCAUGCGAGGUUAAUCAAUUGCAUUUGGCAGUUGCAAAGGAAGUUAUAUUUUUCAUCUUCCGAUUCUUAAUCUUUAUCUGUCCUGCACGUACAAUACCUAUAAAAUAAUUAUUGUGUGACAUUAGAAGUAAUUGUAUAAUUUUUUUC